AUGGCUCGUAAAGCGUAUAUUGCCUGCCUUACUCCAAAGACCCCGGAGCUGCGAGACACGGCAGCAGAUGUUGCGUACAAUGACGAAGCCAAAACGCCCCGAUACUCAAUCGCGCUACCGUUAGACACCAAUACCACUGAUCAACUCAGCAUCUACGUCAUUGAAGAAUACACUGAUGAUUCUGGGUUCGUCGCCCACGUGAAACAAGAAGCGUUUGUCGAAAUUACGCGGCUAAUGCGUGAUGGAACUUUGGCGAAGGAGCCGCUGACACUUAGCCUUGAGGUUGACGAGGACUUCGGGUUUAUUCGGCCUGAAUUGGCUAGUGUCUCUGAUCCAUUCGUCGCUGUGACCGAGCUCUACUAUAAGCCCGGCAAGGGUUCUGAAGCCUUGCGUCACCUGAGGGCGGCAGGUGUAAGCAAAGAAGAGUCCGGGACUCUCGGCGUAUCUCUCUACGCUGACCCGAAGGAUGCAGAUACGCUGAGGCUCGUGGGGGUCUAUGAGAGCCAGGAUUACUGGGCAAACAUCCACUCUAAGAGCCCGCAAGCUUUAGAAUUUCAGUCCGCCACUCAAGACAUGCUUACCAAUGUCAAGGCGCAUGUGCUGAGUCCUAUCAGUGGCUAUUUGUACAAGGCAGAGACAUAG